AGGACGACACGAGGGUCUGCGCAAGGCAGUACAAACCAUAACCGUACUUCUUAAAUAAAUUAUAAACUACUGUUAAUUAAAUCUUGAUUUCGUUUAAUUAUGAAAGACAGAAAUAAAGUACGAACUACAAUAAUGAGAUACUAAGUUACAAAAUAUUAGAAGAUACAGUUACGAGAAUAUAGAUGACCAAGACAUAUGUUGACGAAUUGGAUCUCAUAAUAAAAUUAAUUUACAAAGUUAAAAGAUGUUAGCUCCGUGUAAUGACAUAGUUGGAGAUAUAGAGGAUCUGAUAUCCUCGCAAGAUAUAACACCGAAGGAACGGUAUAGCACUAGGAAAAAUGUGACUGUUCGCUCCAAGAGGAAACAAGCAAUCGAGGAAGCUCAGGAUCCUCCAGUUUUUGAUAGCAUCGUUCCAGGAACGCAGACGAUUUACGUGAAAACGUGGGGAUGUACUCAUAACAGUUCUGAUAGUGAAUACAUGGCUGGUCAACUUGCCGCCUAUGGUUACAAGUUGACAGAGAACAAAGACGAAGCUGAUUUAUGGCUACUGAACUCGUGCACUGUAAAAAGUCCAGCUGAAGAUCAUUUUAGAAAUGAGAUCGAAGAUGGGAGGAAGCAUGGAAAACAUGUAGUGGUGGCUGGGUGUGUACCUCAAGGUGCUCCAAAGUCAUCGUUUCUCCAAGGAUUGAGCAUGAUUGGUGUACAGCAGAUAGAUAGAGUAGUAGAAGUAGUCGAAGAAACUUUAAAAGGACAUACGGUUAGAUUUCUCCAACAAAAGAAAGAAUCAGGGAAGAAAAAAGGAGGCGCAUCUUUAUCAUUACCAAAAGUCAGGAGAAACCCGCUCAUAGAAAUCAUAGCUAUAAAUACUGGGUGCUUGAACCAAUGCACGUAUUGCAAAACUAAACACGCUAGAGGAGAUUUGGGAAGCUACUCACCAGAAGAAAUAAUUGAAAGAGCUGUACAAGCGUUUAACGAAGGUGUAUGCGAGUUAUGGUUAACUUCGGAGGAUACAGGGACUUAUGGUAGAGAUAUUGGCUCGAGUUUACCCGAAUUGUUAUGGAAACUGAUCGAAGUAGUGCCCGAAGGAUGCAUGAUCAGAGUCGGAAUGACCAAUCCACCGUAUAUCUUGGAACACUUAGAAGAGAUGAGUAAAAUAUUGAAUCAUCCUAAGGUGUAUAGUUUUCUGCACGUCCCGGUUCAAUCUGGAAGUGACCAAGUUCUUGCUGAUAUGAAAAGAGAAUACACUCGGGCGGAUUUCGAGAAAGUGGUCAAUUUCCUAAAAGAGAGAGUUCCCGGAUUAACUAUAGCCACAGAUAUCAUUUGCGGAUUUCCUACAGAGACUGAGCAAGAUUUUAAGGAGACUAUGAGUCUGUGCGAGAAGCACAAGUUCCCUAGUUUAUUUAUAAAUCAAUUUUUCCCAAGACCAGGCACUCCAGCAGCUCGGAUGCCUAAAGUACCGACCCAAGAUGUCAAGAAAAGAACGAAAAAGUUAUCCGAGUUCUUUCAAUCCUAUUUUCCCUAUGAGAAUAGAGUGGGAAUAAUUCAAGACGUCUUGGUCACGGAAGUAUCUCACGACAAGAAUCACUACGUAGGACAUAAUAAGGCCUAUGAACAAGUUCUGGUGCCAUUAAAAAAAGAAUAUUUAGGUAAAAUGAUCAAAGUAAAGAUCACGGAAACGGGAAAAUAUUCUAUGAAGGGACAACCGAUUAAUGAAGGGACAUCUCCAGCACUGAAACCUAGUUUACCUAAAGGUUCUGUAUCAGGAUUGAGUGUAAAGUUAAAACCAUCCAAGUACAGGAUGGCUGCUAUCUUGACAAUCUUUCUAGCUAUUGUACUUAGGCUACUAUGGAAGUUUUUGACGACCUAACAUUUCGUGUAAAUAAAUAAAGGAUUUUACUAUUUUAUAUGAA